AUGUCAGAUCCGAUGUGAGCGAGGCGAAUAUCCGCACUGAGCCACAUACACAAUGGUCAUGAGUCCCACACGUCACAGACCACAAUGCACGCAGUGAAGCGUACCUGAGCCACAUAUACAAUGGUCAUGAGUCCCACACGUCACAGACCACAAUGCAUGCAGCUGGUACACUGUACACACAACGGCCAUCCUGGCCAAUCCUGUCAGAUGCAUCUGGAAGCGGCGGUUCGAGCUCUUCGACGAGGGCGACUGGGAGACGCUGAGGGAUGACGCCCUGGAGUGGCAGCGGCGGGCCCACCCCGUGGACCGUCCCGCGACCGCUACCGCAACCACAUCCCCGGCCAAACGCGCCCGCCGUCUCGCCGCGGGAAGUGAGCUCCGCCGGGCUGUCACGGCGUUGACCUCCGCCCCACUGGCGCCCGACAACGACAACACCCUCGCCAUUCUCCAGGGACUCCACCCGCCAGGUCCACAACUCGACACGACGCGACGCGCCCCCCGCAGGCAACCCCCGUCGCACCCUCGAGCUGCACCCCGCCAAUCUACUGAAGGCCCUCAAGACGGCGGCUAGGGGAUCGGCCCAGGGCCCGACCGGAUGGCGCUACGAGCACCUGCGGGCCAUCCACGACGCCACCAGUCACGUGCCGCUGACAAAACUGGUGGACGACAUCGUGCAGAGCAAUAUUCCCGAUCACGUGAGGCCUAUCCUGGGCUCCGCCCGGCUCAUCGGCCUCGAGAAGACCGACGAUGACGGCAGCCUGACGGGAGGGGUGCGACCCAUCGCCAUCGGGGAGGUCUUGCGCCGCUGGGUGACCCGGGCGAUCUGCUUCCUGCACCGGGAGCGGUUCGGGGAGGCGCUCAGCCCUCACCAGUACGCCGUGGGUGUCUCCUCGGGCGCGGAGAAGUGCAUUGCUGCCAUCCGGACGUUCCUGGGAUCGGGCGCUGCCGAUGAGAAGCGCGUCGUGCUCUCCCUGGAUGCCAAAAACGCCUUCAGCACCAUCAGUCGCCAGGCGAUCCUCGAGGGCGUGAACGACCUCUUCCCCGAGCUGACCGACUUCUUCCUCCAGUGGUAUGGGGCGUCAUCCGACCUAUGGUUUGCCCACUACGAUGGGACGGUCCGCACCAUCGCGAGCACCCAGGGCACGCAGCAGGGCGACUCGGGCGGGCCCGUGUGGUAUGUGUGCGGUCUGCAUGCCGUGCUCCGACGGCUGCAAGCCGCCCUUCCAGACUGUCUCGUCUGUGCCUUCGCCGACAACGUGUACAUCGGGAGGACGGAGGGGCGAGUGGAAGAGGCCUUCCGCGCCGCCAAGACCGAGAUGGGGUCGGUGGACCAGAUAUUGGUCGACCACAAGUGUGUGAUGUGGGGGGAGCAUUUUCGGCCUGGCAUGCAACGACCCGCCUCGGUGCCAGCAGAGGUGGCGUUGGGCGAGGAGGGCAUCCUGGUGCUCGGCGUUCCUCUCGGCACGGAUGCCUUCAUCGCCAAGCAUUUCGCCGCCAUCCAGCGCAAGACAUAGCGGGUGUUGGACGCCCUCCUGUCGCUUGACGACCCGCAAACUGCCAACCUCAUCCUCCGCCAGUGUGCCCACCUCCGGUUCCAGUACCACAUUCGCACCACCGCCCCAUCCAAGGUCAUCCCCGCAGCGCGUGAGCACGACGUUGCCAUCAUCCAGGCAGCGUGCGUCCUCUACCAACUCGG